CGACAACCCCAUCUAUCUAUUCUAUUCUGUCUUUUGCCCCUACCCUACUACAUUCUCCAUAACAAUCGACCAGCAACACUCACAGCAAAGACUCUUCACACCAGAUGUACCUCAGUUCAAUAACUCGACUUUAAAUAUAUCAAUGAGAUAUUCUGGAUAAAUCACAAUUUUUAUAAUCUCAUCUCAUCUCACGAGGAGGGGUCUGGUCUGCAUUAAAUUGUUGAACGGCGAGCGAAACUAGAGCUUCGGAUUACACUCAGUUACAACCCGGAGAGAUUUAUAUUAUCAGAGACAUAGAAGACCAUCAUCAUGUUUGGUAAUUUUGCGAGUUUUGGUAAGCAUUGAAUAAUUUUCGCUGCUGGUUUCUAUAUUUCUGGGAAUGGUUCUUCCUCAUACUUUAAGCUUUCCAUAUUGGUUGGGUUCAAGGCACCAAAAGCUCCAUGGAUUCUGGAUAGCAGUCCUUUUCCACAAGAAUCAUCUAUCAAUUUGCUACCUCGAUCAUGCAAUUCUCCCGUUCGUGAUGAGGAAGUAAUUUUUCAAUACGAUCAACCUUAAUGAUCUAUAUAUACCAUUAGAGGCAGAGGUUACGGUCAACUAGCCAGAUAUUUCAUCUGCGGGGUUAUGGUGUUUACUGCAUAUCUGAAGUCUUUGACCUUUAUGCCAACUACAUUAGUUUGGUUCAAUAAGUAUUCACAUUUGUGAUCAUCUGAUGAAAAUGAUGCAGAUCCCUUUAAGCUCUUUCCCUCUCAAUUUUAUCUUCGUCUUUCGGUUUCACCAUACUCCCAUCCUGUUUAGCCCUCUAGUCUAGGCAUUUCAUGAAGUCCAUUCCGUUAUCCAAACUACCCAAAACAUCAGAGAGGAAUCAAUCCAUGCUCAAGACAGCUCAAAAUUCUUACCAUUUUACAGCACCGCUACCUACCACACCAGAUGGUAAGCCUCGAAUCAUCCCGCCACCAACACCUCUCACGUUUCCUUCAAGUACACCCCAGUCACCAGACUAUAUUCCUCCGGGAGAUAUACCUCUAGUCACGUUUCUUCAGACUAUUCAUCGACCAGCGGAUAUAAAACUAUCUCAUUUCGAAAAGCUGGGCGUUCACAUCAUCCCAGAUGCAUCUCCUCAAGAUUUCUUGCCUGAUCCUUCGUUUCUUCCCCCUGUUCAAGAAUGGACGAAUAUCCCUGAGGAGCAUCUCGAAGAUGCGACUACAGCAAGUAGGAGACUUUUAAGCAAUGGCAACCAAGGGCCUGGAGUAAAGAAUUAUCUUGAUCGACGAAGAGAACUUUUCAUUGAUAACACGGCUGCUUUUCGCACUGUCCGUAGGCUUCCUCAAACAAAAGGCACACCGGCAGCUCGUUUAGGCAAUGCAUAUGAAUUCUAUAAGAAUCUGGAAGUGUUCUCAAGUUAUUGGGUUGAUACUUCUCUUCCAAAAGAGACUGCUCCAUCUCCUACCACCACCGGAAAUGACGCCGAAAAACAAACCGAAGAACCCAAAGAAGCUGAAGAUAAAGUUCCAAUUUAUCAACAAACUCAUGUUCGUACUGGCACUGGUUCCCAGCUCCCGCAUGAAUUCCGUCAAGGUAUCACCACUGCUUUUAUAAAACUUAUCGCCUACGACUUCGGCUGUAACGUUUCCUUUCCACGUGUCGAGCCCCGUCUCCAUAUCCAUUCACCUCCAUCGCAAUCUUCGACUCCUCCAUCAAAUUUCUCGGCCAUGGGUGUCACGAUGCUUUAUCGUACCCCAACAGACCGUAACUCUGCUCGAGCAGGUUUCCUCGAAGGUCCGCUUGCAGCUCUUUCAUGCCGCUCCACCACAUCCUUCACUACACCACUCGAUUCUAAUCUUGAUCUCGCUCGUGAGAUCAUUACAAUUUUGCUCACGGCUCAACAACGUAAUCGUGAAGGUAAAACGGAGAAAUUAUUUGGUGCGGAAAAAUGGUGGACUACAGCUCCCCGCUGGGGAGGUGGAAAGGGUGGUCCCAUUGGUAAAGAAAUCGAAACCACUCAAUCUAAUUCUUCGCCUGCUCCUACAUCAUCACAAGACAAGUCCUUUAUGUCGGAAAUCAAAUCUAAAAUUGGUGGUAUAAAUUCCUUCCCUUCUCUUCCAUCUCUCCCAUCUGCGCCCUUUCCACAAUCCAUCACCCCAGAAAGACGUCCUCCACAAAAGAAACCCCGCACGACACGUCUUAGUGGUCCAUCCCAAUUAUAUGAAAAUUACCGCAAGAUGAUGCCACCGGCCAGUACUUGGGAUAAAAAAGUAAGAUACAUGACGAUUGGAAAACCAGGUGGUGUACAAGGGAAUGGGGAUGAGAUUUUCUUGGUUAGCUCCUUAAAUCAUCAUGUUAGUUUUCUACGGGGAAGAGUAGGGAAAGGAAUCUUGGAAGUUCUAGAUGGAGAAAAGGAUGGGUCGGAUGGAUUUGAGAGAACGACGGUUUGGAGAACUAGGUGGUAUGAUUUAUUUCUGGGGGAAGAUAGGGUCGAGGCGAUGGGGGUUGUUUGGGGGAUCAUGGCUUGGAUUAUGAGGGCGGAGGAGGGGGUAAAUGGAAACGUGGAGGGAGGAGGACAAGGGGGAAUGGAUGUGGAUAGAUGGGUAGAUUGAUGGGGAUGGCUUGGAAUGAAUGGGUGGUAGUGUGGUUGAAGUUGUGGAUGGGGAUCGGGAA